UUCCUUGCAAUUUCUAUCCUCUCGCUCUCCGCUUGCUACAUAAAACCCUAGAAAGAAACCAAAACAUAAAGAAAACCAAGAAAAUUCCAAUCCUCCCAAAGCUCUCUCCCUCUGUCUUUCUCUGCUUCCUUCCAUUUCUACCAUGCACCUAUACUCCUACACCGUCGAUUCCCUCUCCAAAUCCCAAGACCUAGCCGCCGCCAUCCUCGCCUCCUCCACUCCCUCCCAGAUUUCCGCCGCCUGCUCCUCCCUCGACUCCUUCCUCCGCUCCCACUCCCCCGACCAGUCCCGCCACUUCUUCUCCCUCGCCUUCCCCGCCCUCAUCUGCAAGCUCUACGGCUUCGACGACGCCUCCGCCUCCGCCUCUCCCUCUCCUUCCCCCGGCGGCGGCGGCUGGAUCGACGCCAUCCUCCAUUCCAACGACGCCGAUCUCGCCGCCAGGGUCUUCGACCUCCUUUCCCCCGACGGAGUGCUGUUCCACUUGAUCUCCGCGGUCGAUCGUCAGUCCCUCGUCAAAUACGUGUUCCCCACCGAGCGGUUGCCGGAGUGGGCUCGGCUCCUUCUCUCUGCGGGCAAGGAUUGUCAGGGAUUGAACGCCUUGUGUCCUGUUUUCCAAGGUAAAGUGAGGGAAGGAGGAUCGGGUAAGGGUUCUUCCUCUUCUUCGUCGUCGUAUCAAAUUCAGCUCAAUGUUUUCGAGUAUUUCUUGUAUUGGUUCGCUUACUACCCGAUCUGCAAAGCCAACAGCGAGAAUUCGAGUGGUGCUACGAUCGGGGCGGUGAAGAGUAAGGCGGUGUUGAAAUUGGAAAACUGGGCUUCUUCGAUCCCCAGGCUGUCGCAUGCUAAGCGUGGGAAUGAGCUGAGAUUGGAGUGUGAUCUUUACGUCAGGCUUCUGUAUGCUUAUUUGCGUGCGUUUGUGCCUGUUCAGGUUCCGGGUACUCACCAGCCUUAUCGUAGCUCGCUUUUGCAUUAUGGGUAUGGAAAUGAUGGCUCUGCUACGAUGAGAGCUGAGUUUUUUGUUGAUGCUUUGGUGCAUUAUUGGCUAGUUGAUAAUGAUUUCUCGCCGCUACCGGUUAAUCUUUGUAAGUCUGUGGGAUUAUCGUUUUCACUGAGGUCUGUACUGGGUGAGACUCCACCAUCGUCUAGUUUGGGUGAGGUAGUCAAGUUGUUGGUUAAAUACUUGAACUGGAGUGCCAAUGUGUCCCAAGAAGGUGUUGAACGAGUUGCAAAUACAAAUGGGGGAAGGUUUUCUCCAAGUUCCUUUGAUAUGAAAUCAGGAGAGUUGGUUGCUUCUGUAUACAAGUCUUCAGAGUUGGCUGGCUCAUGGAACUCGUGCAUUCAAAGACCGUUGUAUCGAUUCAUUCUGAGAACUUUCCUUUUCUGUCCAAUGGGAACUUCGAUAAAGAAUGCAUAUCAGGUGUUCUCUCUUUGGGUUGCUUACAUUGAACCAUGGAAGACCACGAUGGAUGAUUUUCUGGAGCUCGAUGCAAUUGUUGGUUGUUCUGGGAAAGAUGGUAAUAAGGAAGUUGGACAGAACAAACAAUGUGGCUAUCUAUCGUCAUGGGAAGGCUAUGUCUUGUCCAAUUACUUGUACUACAGCUCAUUGGUUAUGCAUUUUAUUGGAUUCGCACACAAGUUUCUUCACACUGAUCCUGUAGUGAUUGUGGAGAUGGUGUUAAAGGUUAUAACAGUAUUGACAUCAAACAAAGAGUUGAUAAAUCUGGUAAAGAAUGUGGAUAAAGUCUUUCAUGCCAAACAAGCUGGAUCUGGCAAAGCCAUGCUCAGUAGUUUAUACAAAUAUGUACCCUUAAUCAGAGAACAGCUGCAGGAUUGGGAGGAUGGUUUGUGCGAGAGUGAUGCUGAUGGAUCUUACUUGCAUGAGAACUGGAACAGAGAUCUGAUGCUUUUUAGUGAUGUAGAAGAUGGAGGACAACAAUUGUUACAGUUGUUUAUACUACGUGCGGAAUCCGAGUUGCAAGCCAACUCUGGCGUCAACUAUUCACAAAAUCUGGAGCUUAUAGACUCACUGAAGGAGCAAGUGAGCUGCUUAUUUGGUUGCUAUGCCGCGAGAUCAAUUUCUUUUACACCAGAGAAGAAACAACCGGCAGACCAGAUGCGAGAUGAGAUAUUCACCCCCAGAAAAGCUGGAAACUACACCUUUGCUGAUGUCAAGUACAAGGGUGACUGGAUGAAGCGUCCAGUAUCUGCUGAUGAGGUUGCAUGGCUUGCAAAUUGGUUUGUGUGCUUGUCCUGUUGGCUGAAUGAGACCCUUGGGUUGGAUCGAGCUGAAAAUGGCGAUGCGAGCUCAAAGUGGUCUUAUGUUGAGGUUUCCAGCAAUGCAGCAAAUAUUGAUGGACCUACAGAAACCAUGAAUACUGUGUUGCGCGCUAUCUGCUCAUGGCUCCUAAUGCUUGUUGCUACGGUUGUUGGGUUUAUGAGGAAGCAUGGCGUUCGUGUGAAUCUUAGGCCACUAGCAUCGAAGAAAGUUGUUACAGUUUUGCUUCUGUCUGCUCUUUUUAGUGUCGUGAAGAAGGGUGUUAGAAUGUUUCUGGGAGCAUAGCCUUUUGCGAAGAAUCGAAAUCGGGAGAAACAGAAGAAAUGAAAAGGUAAAAAACUGCCACUGUAGGAAUAUGUGAAUCUUUACUCAGUUUGCUCAAAAAAGAAAAGAUAUGGGGAAAAGUCUACACAGGAAACAGUUUGAAAGAAAAGCCGCUGUGUGAGGUUUGCCGCUUUGAGGGCUUGUUCGCCUUGCUUUUGUAACUAAGGUCUAAGGGUAGGGAUCUUGUGCAGCUCUUGAGGUUUUCUCCUUUCUUUUGUUUACAGUAAGCUUCUUACCUGAAUCAUGUACAACACAACACCUCUUGUAAUUUUGGUCUGAAUGUGAAUAUAUUUUUCACACGAGCUUUACAUGGAUCCACCAUUACAGAAUAGAUGAACUGAAAUUGAUUCUGGAUAAUAUUUGCUUUCAUUUGAAGGAUCGUUUUGAAUUGAUUGCUGUCAAAACAUGUACACCAUAGCUGUGUACAUCUAGAGGUCGCGUGCUCUGAACUGAAACAUCAACUUCGUACCUGCUUCCUAUCUGACCGUUAUCGAAUUUCCAGCGACUCGGCCAUAACAUCUAGUUAUUGCCUUCUGGGACCCCUAGAAUGAUUGGGUAGUAAUCACACUUCUCGCCUUUGGUUUGGUUUGAGUCAUCAUACCCAUUCACAAUACAGAGGUUCAGCCCGCAAAGAGCUCGUGGCCUGGAACUACACUCCUGAAAAUGUGGAAAUGACCCUUCCUUUUGGUGAUGGAACCAGUUCGGUAUGAGGUGUUUGCCUCCUGUACAGGUAACAGAAACAAGAAAGGAAGAACAACAUGAAAUGGCUGACAUCGAUGGAUCACCUGGAUACUAGAUGUCUUCAUCGUUCCUGGUGUGAGCAUAUUAAUCAGUGUAACUUCAAUGUCUCCAACAGAUUCCAAAUGGUAUAGCUCGUAUCAGUUGAUCAGCUCAAUAGCAUCUUCUACAGCAGGCUCCAGCUUGAACAGUCCCUGGAUCUCGACGAGCUCAUUGCAAUCGAUAAUGCUGAAAACAAGGAAUAGAAGUUUGGAAGAUUUGUGAUCCUCAGUAACUAGUUGCACUGGAACACAUUCAGCUUCUUCAAACUCCCCAGGAACUCCGGAAGCCAUUGCAGGAUGUUAGAUCCAGAUAAGUACAGGCUCUCGAGAACUGAGAGAUUCAUGAAGAUCUUGGGAAGCUGACUAAUUGUGGUUUUGCCUGAGGUUCAGUGCUUUCCAAUGGGGUAGGCAUUUGAGAUCUCUAGGAAUUAUAUUGUCAAAAAUGUUGCAGUCGCUGAGGCUGUAGUCCGAAGCUCACCGAUGAAUAUGGCAAAAUAGAGCUGUUAAUUUGCUUCUUAUGUGAUCGAUUCACUGCAACUCCAUUCAUGUGAAGCGACUCAGAUUGGGGAGGUUGCCUUAUACAAGGAGGUCCAUAGCUGAAUUGCACAUUCUUGAUAAGCUCUCAUUACCGGGAAGGCUAAGAAACAAGGUAUUGAUUGUAUUCGUUUCCAAAUUGUCAUAUGUGGUAGAAUAUAGGGCAUUAUAUCAACUGUCAUACGAGGUCCAAAGUACAAGCAAAUACUGUCUGAUUUUCACAUGAACAUGAAGACCCUAUCCGGAUUUAUUGUCACAAAACAUAUCGAGAAUGACUUCCAUGUGACUCGAGAUAGAGUGAAGUCUGAGUUAAUUGCAUUUCAUUAUGUGCCUACUGAGAAGAAUUGGCUGAUAUAUUCACAAAGGGCUUAAGUGCACACCUGUUUCACAACAUCCUCUUCAAGCUGAGAGUGCAUGACAUACACUUGCCUGCUUGCGGGGGCUUUCAAAUAUCCUUCUCAAGGACACAGUAAGAGAUGAAUCAGAGCAACAGCAGCAGGCACUUGCAGAAGUGAGAAGAGAUAGAGUGAAGCUUGCUGCUGAAGAAGAUGAACUAGACAUAAAUAAACCCGGUUAGAACCUGUUAUAAGCAGAGGAAAACGGUGUCGUUGUAAUCAAUUCGUUAUACGCAGAGAUGGGAAUUUUAUGUGUAGAUGUUAUUGGUUAGCAUGUAUUUUGUCCUGUAACUUAGCUGUUAGAGAUAUGUUCUGUACAGAGGAGCU